AUGAAAGCUUUCGUUCGCACCUCGGCGAAGUCGCAAAUUGCCUUCACGAGGGCCUCGGCUCAGAUAAUCCACUCUCAUGGCAGAUCACCAGCCUACCGGAGGUUAGCCUCCCGGCUCUUCUCCUCGCUGGUCUCCAGUCGCCAUGGUUAUGGCAUCCAGCCAAACCCCUUGGAGGGCACCGUAUUGUCUCCUUUGCGAUCCCGUUUUCUCCCCCCCGAACUUUGCAUCGUCUCCCCCUCCAAUCAGUUUCGGCAGUUCCAUCUCGCCAGCAGGAGAUGCCGACCGGAGAUGCCCAAGACACAAGGUGCCGACCAGCCAAAGACCACGUCGGCCGAAUCCAAGACUGAGACCGAGAAAGAAAAGUCUACGAAGGCCAAGGGUGACGAAGACGGCGACAACGCCAAGGCCAGAGACAAGCAGGAAGGGGAAAACGAAGACGGGAAGAAGAAAAAGGAGGAUCUUCCGCCUCCCCCGCCUCAUGGAGACAAGACUCCUUGGCAGGUCUUCACCGAGACCAUGAACUCAGAGUUCCAAGCCUCGAAGGAGUGGAACGAGUCCACCAAGCAAAUCGGCGCCGCCGCGCAUCAGUUUUCGGAGAGCGAGUCUGUCCGCAGAGCCCGCGAAGCGUACGAGAAGUCGACAGAUGCCGUCUCCUCCACCGCGUCCAAGGCGGUACGAUCGACAGCCGGUGCCAUUGGCAAGGGUGCUGCGUGGACAUGGGAUACGUCCGUGGUCAAGGGCGUACGCAAGGCAGCCAAUGUCACUGGCGAGGCCGUUGACAAAGCCACCAAACCCAUUCGCGAUACCGAGGCGUACAGGAACGUCAAGGAUGUCAUUGACGAUGGUAGCUCUUCGCGAUACGGCGGAUGGGUCGAGAAGGAGGAGCGGAAGAGGAGGAGGGCGGCCUGGGAAGCCCAGCGUGACAAUGCUGGCCAAGUUUUGGAGGAAGACCCGAACGCCGGCACCAACGUCACCCUUCACAAAGACGCGGCCUGGAAGGAGGCCUGGAAGGACUUCCGCGAUACCAACAAGUUUGUCCAGGGCAUCUUCACCAUGCGUGGCAAAUAUGAGGAGUCGGAGAACCCGCUUAUAUCGACUGCUCGGAGCAUUACCGAUCGUAUCGGUGGAUUCUUCGCCGAGAAUGAGACGGCCAUGGUGAUCAAAAAGUUCCGAACCAUCGAUCCAAACUUCCAGGUGGAGCCAUUCCUUCAGGAGCUUCGAGAGUACAUUCUCCCCGAGGUGCUGGAUGCCUAUGUCAAGGGAGAUACCGAGACGCUGAAGCUGUGGCUGUCUGCUGCGCAGUACUCCGUGUACGAGGCGCUGACGAAGCAAUACCUUCAAGCGGGCAUGAAGUCUGACGGCCGGAUUCUGGACAUCAGAAAUGUCGACAUCUUGCGAGCCCGCAUGCUCGACCCUGGCGAAGUUCCCUCGAACGAACUUGCCGCCGGCAUGGAAGACAAGGUGCAGCUGGUCACCUACGCCAUCGGAAUCACGAGAGUGCCCGAAGAUGUAAACAACCCGGAGACAAGAGGCUGGCGAUUGAUUGAGAUGCAAAAGAGUGGCAGGGACUGGUACUGA